UCUUUCUCCCGAGGACACCAGGGAGAGACACCGAAAGCACAUUUCGCGUCUCUCAUUGGUUUCUAGGCCUCCCAAUUAAUAAUGGAGGAGCAACCAAAAAGGAAACCUAGUCCCCUCCGAAAAAUUGUGGCGGUGUCAUCCAUCGCCGCCGGUAUCCAAUUCGGAUGGGCCCUACAACUCUCCCUUCUAACACCGUAUGUACAAACCCUAGGUGUUCCUCACGCUUGGGCUUCCUUCAUCUGGCUCUGUGGUCCUAUCUCUGGCCUCCUAGUUCAACCCAUUGUAGGAUAUAGUAGUGAUCAUUGUAAGUCUCCUUUCGGUCGUCGUCGUCCCUUUAUCCUCGCCGGUGCACUUGCCGUUGCCGUCGCCAUUAUCCUUAUUGGCUACGCCGCCGACAUAGGACACUUAGCCGGCGAUGACAUCACCCAGAAAACCCGUCCACGCGCCGUCGCCAUUUUCGUCAUUGGCUUCUGGAUCUUAGAUGUUGCAAACAACAUGCUCCAAGGUCCAUGUCGCGCCUUCCUCGGAGACCUGGCUGCCGGUGAUCAACAGAAGACGAGAAUUGCAAACGCGCUCUUCUCUUUUUUCAUGGCUGUCGGAAACGUCCUGGGCUAUGCCGCAGGAUCCUAUGACAAUCUCCACAAGAUCUUCCCUUUCACAGAAACUGAGGCAUGCAACGUCUUCUGCGCAAACUUAAAGAGUUGCUUUUUCUUCUCCAUUAUUCUUCUCCUUGCAUUAUGCAUCAUCGUUCUCGCUUGCGUGAAUGAUCCGCAGUUCACACCGCCAUAUGAGGAGACGAAUGCUGAGGAGGCAGAGAACUCACACUUUUCAUGCUUCUGCGGAGAGUUGUGCAUUGCAUUCAAGGGAUUGAAAAAGCCAAUGUGGAUGCUGAUGCUAGUGACAGCUGUUACCUGGAUUGCGUGGUUCCUGUAUGUGUUGUUCGACACUGACUGGAUGGGUCGUGAGGUGUACGGCGGUGAAGUGGGAGAAAAGGCGUAUAAUGCUGGUGUGCAUGCUGGUUCUUUGGGACUCAUGUUGAAUUCAGUGGUGUUGGCUGUGGCGUCCUUGGGUGUAGAACCUUUGGGUCGCUUGGUUGGGGGAGUGAAGUGGUUGUGGGCAAUUGUUAAUGUUAUUCUCGCAGUGUGCAUGGCAAUGACUGUGCCCAUUGCAAAAAUCGCUCAGCAUCAACGCGCCCUUAACCCUGCCCUCAUUGGAAACCCUUCAAUGGAUGUGAAAGUUGGUGCCUUAGCCUUCUUCUGCGUCCUUGGUAUUCCUUUGGCGGUUACGUAUAGUGUUCCCUUUGCUCUAGCCUCUAUCUAUUCUAGCAACUCAGGAGCAGGACAAGGAUUAUCUCUGGGUCUUCUCAAUGUUGCAAUUGUGGUUCCUCAGAUGAUUGUAUCUGCAAUUAGUGGACCAUGGGAUGCUUGGUUUGGUGGUGGCAACUUGCCGGCGUUCGUGUUGGGUGCGGUGGCGGCCGCCAUAAGUGCUAUACUGGCAGUAGUUGUACUUCCAAACCCCAAGAAAAAAGAUGAAGCCAGGAUUCCUAGCCUCUCCAUGGGAAGCUUCCAUUAAUGGCUAGAGCAUGGUAUGCUCCUCCAUACAUAUAUACAUGGGAAGGAAAACGAUGAAGUCUAUGGAUUCAAAGAUGGUGCAUGUGCUCCAGAAAUUAAUUAUUAAAUCCUUAAAAUGUUUACACAACUAUCAUAGCUUGUGCAAAAAUAUCCAUGUUAUGUAGCUAUCAUCGCUUGUGCAAAACAUCCUUCUUUAUAUAGUUGGAUGCUAAAUAUAA